AUGGACGCAGCUCUGGCGAGGCUCCGGCCAGUGUCCACAGCUCGGCACGCCGUGCGCGCUGCGACGUGCGCCGCGUGCGCAUCGUCAUCGCCAUCGUCGCCUCCUUCUGCUUCCUCUGCCGCACUCUCGUCCUUGGCCGCGCGCCGAGCAUUCUCGGCCCUCAACCGCCCGCCGCCGAAUUACCCCGGCCAUGUGCCCCUGACCACGGUGGAGCGCGCCGGCCUGGCCAUUGGGUCCAGCGUCAUGUCGCUCAUCGACCCCUACCGCCACGACCUCAUCGCCGCCCUCGGCGAGGCCACCGCCACGCCCUACUUCAUCUACCGCCUCCGCGACGCCAUGCUCGCCGACCCAACCGGCCGCCGCAUCCUCCGCCUCCGCCCGCGCAUCACCUCGCAGACGCUCUCCGUCGCCGCCCUGCGUGCCCUGCCGAGCAACAGCCUCGGCCGCGCCUACGUCGACUGGCUCGACCGCGAGGGCGUCUCGCCCGACACGCGCUCCGCCGUGCGCUACAUCGACGACGAGGAGUGCGCCUACGUCAUGCAGCGCUACCGCGAGUGCCACGACUUUUUCCACGCCCUCACCGGCUUGCCCGUUGUCCGCGAGGGCGAGGUGGCCCUCAAGGCGUUUGAGUUUGCCAAUACCCUCAUCCCCAUGACGGGGCUGAGCACGCUCGCCGUCGCCACCCUCAAACCCCGGGAGCGCCAGCGCUUCUGGUCCAUAUACCUGCCCUGGGCGCUGCGCAACGGUGCCAGGAGCCGCGACGUCAUCAACGUGUUUUGGGAGGAGCAGCUUGAGCGCGACGUCGACGACCUGCGCGCCGAGCUGGGCAUCGAGAGGCCACCGGACCUGAGGAGCAUCCGCAAGAGGGAGCGCGAGGAGAGGAAUCGGCACAAGGAGGCGCAAGCCCGCGUCUGA